UGCGUCAGGUGUGGGCGGUCAGCGUUACCCAGCGUGCACCGGGCGGGGUAAGGGAACGGCGCAGGCGCGUUGGGCUGGUGGCUGUAGAUCGAUAGCAACGUCGCUCAGGUGGGGUAAGGCAGGUUGUCGAGUGUCACCGCCGGCUCAGCUUAGUACAGCUUCCGAGAGAUAUGGAGUGAAGCGAGACAGAGAAUUAUAUCCUCACAGAUAGCCCAACUUUCACUUUGUGACGCUGAGGGAGGGAGGGAAAGCGAGAGAGAGUCUGCCUUAUUGGCCGCGAUGGGAAGGUUGGUGAAGCGAUGAGGGAUGUUGGUGUAGUUUUGCAGUAGUAGGUAAAGUAGGUGAGGGCCGACUGGUUGCCCCGGUUACGGGCUAUUACUUGGUUUGGGAGGGAGAGGAGGGGUAGUUUUGUAUCUGCACUGGGGUUUUAGGGUGGGCUAGGGAUUCUCUUGGUUCUAAACUUUGCACAAACUGGUGGGUCUUAAAGGUGAACCUUAGGAUUUCUUUUGUGUACGUUCUUUGGGAGGGGGUGGGUAGACGGCGAGUCUGUAAGAAAAUGAAUUCAUGAAGAGCUUCAAGGGGGCUUGCGAGUUUCUCCCAGACUUCAGGUGGGUUUGCAGCUAGUGGGUGAGACGCACCUGGGCCAAGGGCAUCAUUGAUGGGAGGCUGCGUGGGGACCCAACGCCGGCAACAACAGCAGCAGCAGCAACAACAUCAUCGCUCAGGGAGACGGAGUGGCAAUGGGAGAAAAACAGGCCGAAAUGAGCCUCUGAAGAAAGAGAGGCCAAAGUGGAAAAGUGAUUAUCCCAUGACGGAUGGCCAACUAAGAAGUAAAAGAGAUGAAUUCUGGGAUACAGCACCAGCUUUUGAAGGUCGCAAAGAAAUCUGGGAUGCCCUUAAGGCAGCUGCCUAUGCCAUCGAAUGCAACGAUCAUGAACUGGCCCAGGCUAUUGUAGAUGGUGCCAGUAUUACCUUGCCACAUGGGCAAUACUUUGUGUUGGAUAACAAUAUCAGAACAUUAAGCAUCUGUGAAACCCUAAAUUUCCUAUGUGCAUCUAUAUAUGCAAUGAGGAGAACACAGACAUGGACCUCGGCUUCUGAAACCAGUAUUCGUGCUUGGACGUGCUUGUUGCAAACGAAGUGCUUCACUAUUGGUCUUUUUACAUACAACUGAUCGGUUUGCUCGGUCAUUUCAGGGGACAAUUAAAAGUCAGUCACAAUGCUGUAGGACUGGAAUCACCUAUAGCACCAACCUAACUAAUGAAGGAACAUUUCUAUCCUAAAGGAACAUUUGUGAACAUUUGAGUUUUUACAUCACUUGAUCAGCUUCAUGGCUACUUAUACUGAAGGCAGAUUUUUAAAAACUGAAUUCCACACUUCAAAAUGCCACAGUAGAUUUGAACUCCCAUUCUUUGAGUUAUUAGUUCAGUAACAUCACUACUACUUUAUGAAUGCCGAAACAUUCUGAAUCGGCAACCAAAGAGACUUAGCUGUUCAGUAACAUGUGCCAGAUGCAUUGAAGCACCAAUAUUGAGAUGCAACUUUGCCUACAUUACUGGCACUGCCUGAGGAUAAUUGCAAAAAGGAGAAUUUAUUCUGCAGUGGCACUUAGAUGUCUAAUAUGAACUGGGAGAGGUAGGAGUGGAGAGGUAAAUGUUAGUUACUAUAGUUGAUACCUAUUGCAUCUCAUUCAGGUUACAGUUGAAAAGAUGUUAUCUCUUUAUUCCUUUUUAGUAAAUUAGUUAAUUGAGUUGAUGAAAAUCUAGCUUUACCUAACUGUUACUGAUGCAGUAAGUUGAUA